AUGCUGAGUGGCUCAGGCCAGUUUCCCAAAGACCAAGGGAAAGAGCACCCCCACUCAGCCGCAAACUUGAAGGUGCUUAAGGGUCCCCCCCCCGACCCCGAGAAGAGAUCAGCCCCCGGGAGCAGACUCCAGCCACAAGAGGCCAGUCCCAAGCCCACCCCUUCAUGCAGGGCCUCAGGGUCAACGCCUGACGAGCUGUCUCUUCAGCUUAAGGGCUGGAUGCCGGAUGCUGGGUCAGCAGCUUUGUACCCAGAUUCGCUUAGUAUCAUGGUUCUGAAGACUUCACAGCGGAACAGGGCUGCCGAGGUCACGGGCUUGCCGCACAUUUCAGGUGUACCGCUGUGCCCCAUCCCACGUCACCGAGUUGGUGAGCCGGGCUGGGGCUCAUGGUGCGCAGACCCUGUGUCACUGCUCCACUCCGUCGUCGUCAUCCCCGUGGCCUCCAGCCAGCAAUCCGGCCUCUGCUCGCGGGAGCAAGGGGAUGGAGGCAGCUUCCCCUGUGCGGUACCUGGUCGUCACUUUAUCUCAUCAGCUUGUUCUUUAUCUCACGGCUAG